UUUAAAAAAAUGUUUUUAUUGUUUAUGGAGCGAUGGCUGUCAUCGAGUUUUAUUUUACUAUCGUAGAAAAUAAAAAGAAGCUUUCAGUGCACAUAAAAUGAAGAUAUUUUCGUGAAUCAUGUAUAUGUUAUACAAAUUCCCGUUAGUUUUAAGUGAAAUAAUCAUAUAUCGAUAUUUAGAACCGUAUAAUCAUGUACAGUGAAAAAGCUUUUUGAGUUCCGACGAUGGCGUCUGAUGGUGAAAUUUCGUGCGCGAAUGAUCCUAAUUUCGCUGUUAUCUAUUCAUUUCUGAAGGUGUUCGGCAAGUUGUAUGGAUUAGAAGUGCCUACGUUAUCUAAAUUGCAGGAAUUCAUCGAGAAUACUCAAGAGGUGUCGGAACCGUUGAAGGAGUUGCACUUGAGGUUGUUGCGUCGCGCCAUAAAAUCAGUGUUGAGUAAUCGGUGGGAGAAGGGUUUGAUCAAGUUUUGUCAUCAACAAGGUCAUCACCAGGAGGCGUGGGAAAUAGAGAGGUUCUCGUAUAAGAAAGCAAGCACGCAAGUGAAACUAAAGGUGUUGAAGCUCCUUCUAGAGUACCAGUUCACGUGCCACACCAAGUUCAAGACAGCGGUGAAUGCAUUGUCGUGCAAGGACCUGCGGUUGGACCCCAUCGGCAGGGACAAGAAUGGCUGUGUGUACUGGCUUGAGGUGGAUGACGACGCGAACCUCUGUCUCUACAAGGAAGACCAGGAUGAGGAGACGUGGCAGUUGGUGGCACGAAAUCGUGAAGAGCUGGCUAAGGUGAUAUCACAGCUGAAAAGUGGAGAAGAGAUAUGUCCAUUAAACAAUACAUCAAAUGUCAACGAAGACUCCAGCAGCGCCGAAGUUCCGCCACAGGAGCCAGAGAAAUCGGAAGUUGAAGACGAAAAUGAUGAAGAGUUCCUAAGUCCAGAGUCUGAAUCUGAACAUGAAAAUGAUGAUAAAAAAACAGAUGAAGUUUUAUUAAAAGACACAAAUUCAGGUGAUACUACAGAUAGUGGUAAAGAAGAUAAAAACGAAGAACCCACAGUUGAACCAGAAACAGUUGAAAAUUCAACUGAUGAAAUAGAAGAUAAACCAACAAGCCCAAAAGCAAAUAUUUCUGAAACCGAGAAUAUGGAAUCUGAUAGUAUGAUAGUUAACAGUCCUAGUAAUAAUAGUUCAGAAUCUGUAAACCUUAUAAUUAAUGGUUCAAUUACCGAUAGCCCAAAAGCUGAAAGUCCCAAUUCCGAUAACACAAUACCUAACAGUCCGAAACGGGAAAGUCCCAAACCAGAAAGUCCUAAGCCAGAAACUCUAACACCUGAAAAUAUAGAACCCCAAAGUCCAAAAGCAGACAAUUCGAAUAUCGGUAGUCCAAAACCUGAGAGUCCCAAUCCGGAUAGUCCGAAGGCUGAAAAUUUAAUAGUUGUAAGACAGACAGAGCCUGAAAGCACAUUAAAACCUGAAAGUCCUAAACCAGAGAUUCAAAACGAAGAGAAAAUUGAAGAAAAAAUUGAAGAUGAAAAUGAGGAAAGUCCGGAAGUGAGUGAAGCAAUAGAAGAGCCUUUGAUGAUUGUUACUGGCGAAGGCAACGGUGCCGAUUGUGAGAGUCCUUACAUUAUAGGUGAGGAAAUUACUGAAGAAGUUAUGUAUUUUUACGGAGAAGGAUACGGUUAUGAUAAUGACACAGGGAAUCCUGAAGCAAUCGGACAAACUGACAGUGCUGGAGAACAUUCUGACGAAGAAAAUGGCACUGAAGAAUGCAUGAAUGGUGAACAUGAUGUAAAUUCAAGUAGUAAAACUAAAUUAGGCAAAAGUGUAAAGUUAAAAAGUAGAUUACCGUCAGUACCGAAAAGAUCUUUAAAGAAACAGUCUAAUGACACUUCAGAAGUAUUAAAAAACGAGUCUAAAAAGCAUUGUAUUAGAGAAUUAGAGAAGUCAGAUGAUAGUAAUAAUGUAUCUAAAGCUAAUGAAAACGAUUUAAAGAGGGAAGCUACUGUUAAUGACAAAACUACAACGGACAGUGAGAGUCCCGCUAAGAAUAACGUAAAGAAAAGUAGAGGUAAAAUGAAAAAGAAGGUAGGGUUAGCAAGAAAACUUAAACUGAAAGAAAGUAAUGAAGUGAUAAACGCCAUAACAGAAACCGAUAACUGUCAUGACAGUAAAUCAAGUAUUAUUGAGAAGAGGAAGAGCAGCGUUUCCUCGGAAGAACAUGAAGACGCAAAGACCGAUGCGGACAAAAGUCCAGAAAAGGAACUCGCGAUUGAGGAACCACUACCUCCAAAAAAAUUACGCUUAGAAGCCACACCAGAGAGUGACGUCAACAUAACACAUUCCAAGGAGACAGCUGAUAAUGACAACGCAAAAAGUGACAGUUUAGACGAACCCGUAUCACAAAGGAAGAAAAUUAAAGCAAACAAAGGCAAAUUCAAGAGAAAAAACGCGACAGACAAUAGUGUAAAUAAAACUGACAGUGAUAAUGUUAAGGAUAGUGAUAAGAGAGAGUUGAAGGCCUUGAAACGGUCCCUGUUGGACGCAACUAUGAGUGAUAAAAACAAAACUGAAUCUCAAAGCGACAGUGAGGACAAUGAGCCCGUUACUAGUAGCAAAAGGUUAAAAGUUAAACCUAAGAAAUCUGUAAAAUCUUCAAGGAAAAAGGUGGAAGCAAAGCAUUUGGAGAAGCAUUCCAGUGACGAAUCUGAUGAGGAAACUUUGUACAGUCUAGCAGGAAAGAAGUUGUCGCGGAAAGCGUUGAAGAAACCGAAGAGUAAAGACAAGAAGAAGGGAAAAGAGAAGGAGAAGUCGGAAGUGGUUGCUUCGGAUGAUGACGUGACGCCGGUGCGGCAGUCGCGCCGCAUCGCGCAGAUGAAGAUUAAAGAAGAAGCCCAACGCAGACAUCAAGAGGAGGUUGCAUUGAGAGACCUCAAGUUGAUACAUAAAAAGAAGGGCAAAGAGGAUGAGGAGGAGGAGUGGCGCGCCAGCAGCUCGGAGGGCGAGGGUGAGGGAGCGGCGCGCAAGUGGAGCUCCGGCGCCACGCGGCGCUGGCGAGGGUCCGCCUCCUCCGCGCCCGACACCGACUCCGACUCCGACGAGCCGCUCUUCGAAGUGCCGCACGAGGAACCCGACCUGAACUUCGACAAGUCUGACCACGAGUUCUCACCUGAGUCCGAUUUGGAAAACGACGAGCCAGCUGAACCGUUGAAGCGAGCGCGCACGUUACAAGAAGGUCAGGACAGUGGUUUCUGCAAGCGUUGCGGCAGCGGCGAGCAGCCCGAGUGGAUCCUGCUGUGCGACCGCUGCGACGCCGGCUACCACGCCAGCUGUCUCAAGCCCAUGCUCUUCCUCAUACCCGAAGGCGACUGGUUCUGCCCGCAGUGCAACCACGAGAAACUAAUAGAAUCAUUAGAACUAGAGUUAAGUAAAUAUGACGAGCUGCUCGUGCGGGUGGAAGAGGAGAGGGCGCGGAGGAAGGAAGAGGAACCCGAGCCGGAGAGCGAGGAAGAGAAAGAGAAAGAAGAAGAACGCGUCAAGUCAGAUUCUGAGGACAGCACGAGCAGUUCGUGGUCGUCGUCGUCGUCGGGCGGCGCGGUGUAUAGACUGAGAGCCCGCAAGCAGCUGCCCGUCAGCUACCGCGCGCAAGAGUACGACCGGCUCAUCAGCACCGCCAUCAAGGAGGAAUACUCCGAGCCGACGACUAGUGCUGGCAACCAGGGCCGCGGGAAAGACAUAUCCACAAUCAUUGAGGCCGCUGAGGAGGAGAAACUCAAGGCUGAGCGGGAAGCUAUAGAACAGGGUAAGCCAGUGGAAGCGAAGAAGUUGAAGAAGAAACAACGCAGGAAACCGCGUAAGUUGAACUCGCUGGACGUGCCCUCCGAAGACGACGACGAGACGGAUGAAGACUUUAAGGACACUGGAAUGGAAUCGUCAUCCGAAGACAUAUCGUCAUCGGCAGAGCGCGACAGCUCGAGUGACUCACGCUCCUCCGACUCGCUCCCCAUCCGGCGAGCUUGCAGGCCUGACAAGAAAGAUCGUCCUAAAAUGGCGGAGUCGUCGCCUGAGGUAAAGAAAAAGAAAAAAGGCGUCCUGGAAGACAGUUCCAGCGAAUCUGCUGGAGCCAAGGAAUGGGCAUCACUCAAGAAGUCAAAAUCAAAAUCAUCGCACAAGCGUCGUGAGAAGCGGGAGCGCACAAGUCGCGGCGAUCGAGACCGCGAGCGCGAGCGCGAUCGCAAGAAGUCGCGCAAGCGCACCGCCCUCACGCAGUACGACGCCGACGGGAACGUCAUCCGCGCCCGCGUCACCUACGGCGGCCUCUCCGACGAACCCAACGACUGGUCGCCCAAGCACCGCACCCGGCAACGCAAGAUCAACUACACGGAGAUGCCCAAUACUGAGUCGGAGGACGAGAUGCACAAAUCAAGCGGAAAGCAUAUGGGCGACAGCUCCGACGAGUUCAAGGUGGAGGAUUCUGAGUUAUCGUCAGGCUCGGAGUCGGGCUCGGCGGCGGCGCGGCGGCGAGCUCUGUGCGAGUUGGUCCGCAAGACUCCCGUGGUACCGCUCCACAAGCUGCCCGAACACCUGGCGCGUGCGCAUGCGCCGCGCACUGACGACGCACACGGCGAGGGGGACGCGCAUCCCGACGGCGACAGCGCCGCCGCACCCGACACGCUCGCCGACUCCGUGCAACACACAGACACAGAAGCAACGCCGAACGCACGUCCUGCAAGGGGUAAAGGCAGCAGAGGAGGACGGGGCAGCAGAGGCGGCAGCGGUCGCGGUCGCGGGCGGCGGUCGCGGGGCGGCGCGGGCGCAGCGUCCGACGCCACCGACGACGCACUCGCCAAGCUCGUCGGCGUCAAGAUCAAAGAUCUCAGCCAAGAUCCAGUUAAGCCUAACCAAGCGGAACGUGAAAAGAAACGUCUAGAACGAGAGGCAAAAUUGGCCGAAAAAGAAGCUAAAAGACUGGAACGAUUACAAAAGAAAGAAGAAAAAGUGAGGUUGAAGGAGGAGAAAGCCAAAAUGCGAGAGGAGAAGCGCCUCGCGCGUAUAGCACUGCAGGAGAGCAAGAGAAUGAAGAAGGAGAAAGUAGAGCCGAUGGGUGUCGGGUAUGGGAUACAGGUUCGGCCAUUGGCGCCCGACGUUCAGCGUAUGAAUGUGUACGGCAACGCGCCGAUACCGAUCCGUCACCCUGGAGACUACCACGAUCAGAGAUUCCCCUCUACUCCCAGGUUGCAGGUGCGUGCGGAGCUGCGCGGCGUGAUGUCGCCGGACGAGCGCGUGCACGCCUCGCAUCCCUCGCACCCCGCGCACCCCUCCCACCCCGCGCACCCGGCGCAUCCCUCGCACCCUUCGCAUCCGGCGCAUCCCGCCGCAUUGAGAGAAGGCACCUUAUCGGUGGCGGGGUCGCCGCAGCCGUUCAAACCGGUCUCCGAGGAGCCCAGCAUCAUCACCAGGAUGCCACACAUGAUCAACCAGCAGUACAGGGGUCCGAUGAUGUAUGGCGGCAACUCUGCGUACGGUGCGCGACCGCAGAACGUGAUGUACCCGCUGCACCACGCGCGGCCGCAGUACCCGCCGCCGCCGCCCGGCUACUACCCGCCUGCCGGCUACCCGCGGCCGCACGGCGCCGCGCCCGCGCCCGGCAGCCCACCCGCCUACCGCGCCGGGCCCGCGCCGCGCCCGCUCGGCGUGUACGGCCCGCGCGCGCCGCCACCCGCACCACCGGCCGGCGUGUCCGGCGCGCCGGGACACACGCCGCCGGUGUCGUCCCCGCCGGGGCCGGCCGGCACGGAGCCCUUCGUGCGCAUCAAGGCGGAGGUAAAGGCGGAGCCUGAGUACCGCUCGCCAACCUCGUCCCCGGCGCCACCUUCACCCGGCCCGGCGCCGCACGACCCACCGCGGCACCCCAAGAUCAAACAUACCGAGAAUAAGGAUAGAAGACCGCGUCACCCACUAGGGCCCUAUGCCCCGCAUUACGGACCUUACGGGCCAUAUGCACCGGGCCCGGGGCCCCCAACUGAAAGGUUGGCGCCAACGGAUAGAAUGGGAAUGCCGUCAGACAGAAUGGGUAUGCCUCCAGAAAGACUUGGUAUGCCACCAGAAAGACUUGGAAUGCCUCCCGAUAGACUUGGUAUGCCGUCUGAGAGACUCGGCAUGCCUCCCGAUAGACUUGGUAUGCCUCCAGAACGAUUAGGAAUGCCUCCCGAAAGACUUAGUAUGGUUCCUGAGAGAUUGGGUAUGCCUCCAGAGAGACUAGGAAUGCCGUCAGAAAGAUUAGGAAUGCAACCAGAUAGACUGGGAAUACCAUCGGAAAGAUUGGGAAUGCCACCUGAAAGGCUAACUAUGUCGCAAGAUAGAACAGCAAUACCACCAGAAAGAAUGGCAAUGCCACCAGAAAGAAUGUCGAUGACUCCCGAAAGGAUGACGAUGCCUCCAGAGAGGAUGACGAUGCCUCCAGAGAGGAUGUCUGCGAUGCCUCCAGAAAGGAUGUCGUCGAUGCCACCAGAGAGGAUGUCGAUGCCACCAGAGAGGAUGUCGAUGCCACCAGAUAGGAUGUCGAUGCCUCCAGAAAGGAUGUCAAUACCCUCAGAAAGGAUGUCGAUGCCACCAGAAAGAAUGUCAAUGCCGCCAGAAAGAAUGUCAAUGCCACCAGAAAGAAUAUCUAUGCCUCCAGAAAGGAUGUCGAUACCCUCAGAAAGGAUGUCGAUGCCACCGGAAAGGAUAUCCAUGCCUCCAGAAAGGAUGUCUAUGCCAUCUGAGAGACUGGGGAUGCCACAAGAACGUCCACGUCCGCCUUUUGGUCCGCCGCCGUACCACAUACGCCGCCCUCCGUUCCCUCAAUAUUCACCGGUGCCCGACCCUCGCUCGGCGGAUCGGCCAAAAAGCCCCGUGCCAAGAUCCGCCGCUCCUGAGCGACCCUUAGCUCCGUCAGAGCUACGUGUGGCGAGUUCUGAUGCGAGUUACAUUAGUGCGCAGUUACGGAUGCCGGUGCGCGCGCCGUUACCGUUUCAAACUACUCCACCGACGCGAUUCCCGACCCCAGGGUCGAGUUCCGGGCCGGCAGGUGGUCCGUCACCGGGCCCGGCCCACGGUCCGUCUCCGGGUCCAGCUCACGGCCCGUCACCGGGGCCGGUGUUGUCCACGGCAACAACGGUAUCGGGGCCUACUAUGAGUUCCAUGGACGGGUCGUCACCGGGAGUCCCAAUGGGCCCGGCGGCCGGCGCGGCGUUGGGCGGGUCGCCGGGGUCGGCGGGCACGCCGAGCCCAGGCCCGGCCCCGGGUCCGUUCGCGUCGUUCGCGGGCGCGUGCCCGCCAGUGGCGCCGGCGGUGUCGGUGCCGGGCGGGGCGGAGCGCGCGGGGUCGCCGGGCGGGCCGGUGCGCGUGCCGGAGCCGGCGCCGCGGGCGGAGGGCUCUGUGUUCGGCGGGCUGGUGAGCUACUUCUCGAGCCAGCACGAGGACGACAUGGACGCGUAGCCGCCGCGCGCUCUCGAAUAGCAGUUGUAUUAUUUUUUGUUUACGUUGUAAGUGAGAUUUAUUUAUACACGAGAAUAGGUACUUACUGUAUACUCUGAAUACGAAUUUUAUUAAAGAAUGAUAUAAUUUUUUUUUGCAAAAUAAAUGUUUUCUCCUAUAGUGAAAGAGUU